AAGCUCGUAUCCCACUUCCCACAUUUUCUCUCUCCCCAAACGCCAUUUUCCCUUCCCUUUCCAGACUUUUCCAUCUGCUUGUGAGUUGCCAUCAGGCAUUGGCCUUUCAAUCCUAUGGCGGAUAUAGCAAAGUACAUGCCCAUCAAUGGCGGAACAGCCGUCGCUACUGACUGUAAGAACCUCUUUUCGAUCAUCAAAACGAGAAAAACCGUGGCUUUCUUCAUGUUUGCCUUUGUCGGUUUCACUGUUUUCUUAGCCUUUUGCCCUUCUUCAAACUCUUCUUCUCCUUGGGUUUCCAGCAUCUUUUCUGCUAGUUCAUCCACUUCUACAACUGCCGGCUCUCAUAGAUCUCAAUUUCCUUCCCUCUUUAAUUUCUUUUCUCCCAACACUUCUUCUCCACUUCAACAACAAAGCAUUAACUUCACUUCUAAUAACCAUACCAAAUCUUUUAAUGAAACCCGGUCUUUCAGCGAAAACAAUCUACUCCCUAGUUCGAGAAACACAACUUUUUUGCCUCCCAACACAAGUUCAAACAAAACCCAAAGUUCAGUUUUGCAUGCAAAUCAGACCAAAGCUGCUUCUCCCAAUCUUAAUGGAAAUCCACCUAUCACAAGCAACCAGGCUGAGAAGAAAGAGAAUUCCGAUAAACAUCAAGUUUUGCAGGUGAAUCAGACUACAACAGUCAAUGAAAAAACGCCGGCGGUAGCUGUAGCUAACCGGAGUAGAAAUUCUCCGGCCAAAUCUGAUUCGUCCGACAAGAUUAAUCAGACUGUAACAGUGACUAAAAAAACUCCGGUGCUCGCUAACGUGAGCAGUAAUUCUCCGGCCAAAUCUGAGAAAAGUGCAGCUAAAAAAGGAGUGGCGACAAAUAUCACGGCUUCACCGACGAAGAAACAGUGGAACGAGAAAAAAGAGGGUGACGGGAGUGGUUCAGAGCUGUCAGCUAAACAGGGGAUUGAGAGUUUGAUUGAAUCUUUGAUGAAUUGCGAUUUGUUUGAUGGAGGAUGGGUGAGGGAUAAUUCGUAUCCGCUUUACAAACCAGGCUCUUGUUCAUUUAUUGAUGAACAGUUUAAUUGUAUUAUCAAUGGAAGGCCUGAUAAAGAUUAUCAGAAACUGAAAUGGAAGCCUAAAGGCUGCACUUUGCCAAGAUUGAAUGGUGUUCACAUGUUGGAGUUAUUGAGGGGGAAGCGUCUCGUUUUUGUCGGCGACUCACUGAAUAGGAACAUGUGGGAAUCUCUAGUUUGCAUUCUGAGAAAUGCCGCAAAAACACCACAAAAUGUUUAUGAAGCUCAUGGAAGAAGCUACUUUCGAGGGGAAGCUUCGUAUUCGUUCAUAUUCAAAGAUUAUAACUGCACUUUGGAGUUCUUUGUAUCUCCAUUCUUGGUCCGAGAAUGGGAAAUGCCGGACAAAAAUGGAGCAAAGAAGGAGACAUUGCGGCUUGAUCUUGUUGGAAAAUCGUCUAAUCAAUAUAAAUCGGCUUAUAUCCUCAUCUUCAAUACGGGGCAUUGGUGGACUCAUGAGAAAACUUCCAAAGGGAAAGAUUAUUACCAAGAAGGUAGUCAUGUUUAUGAUGAACUCAAUGUUCUUGAGGCGUUUAGGAAAGCAUUGACAACGUGGGCUAGAUGGAUUGAUGCCAAUGUAAAUCCAAUGAAGACUAUGGUGUUCUUCCGGGGUUAUUCUGCUUCUCAUUUCAGUGGGGGGCAGUGGAAUUCAGGAGGAGCAUGUGAUAGUGAAACCGAGCCGAUCAAGAACGAGACAUAUUUAACGGCAUAUUCGUCGAAGAUGUUGGUGUUAGAGUCGGUGCUGAAGGGGAUGAAAACGCAUGUCAGCUAUCUCAACAUUACUCGGUUGACUGAUUUCCGAAAGGAUGGCCACCCAUCAGUUUACCGAAAGCACCCAAAGCAGAAACUGAGUGAGGACGAAAGAAAAGCACCUCUAAAAUACCAAGACUGCAGCCAUUGGUGCCUUCCUGGCGUACCGGAUUCGUGGAACGAGCUUCUCUAUGCCGAGCUCCUCGUAAAAGAAAACAAGAUGCGACAACAUAAAAGGAGAGCUAGGUAAAAAAUUAAAACUUACGAACUUAGGUUAUUUUAUUUAUUGUUUCCCUUACACUUUGAAAUAGUAGAAACAAAGAAAGAGAAGUAAGAGAGUAGAUUAAAAUCUGAAAAAAAGGAAGAUUGUAGAUUACAUUGAGCUCUUUUCAUGGUAAUAAAUUUUCCUUGUUUAUAGAAAA